CUGUGGUGUGGCAUGGCCCUGCCGCCGGCGGCCUGCCCGCGCCGCGGAGCCGUACAAAGAACGCGGCCCGCGCCUUUUCGUGCCUUUAAAGGCGGCAGCCUGAGACUUAAGGUGUCCCCCUGAGUGGCACCCUCCGCGCUCGGCCCCCAUGGAGGACGCGGGGUCCCGGCGUGCACGCCGCGGCGCCCGGGCCUGUGUGCACGCGCGGGGCCUCGGGGCCGGCGGGGAGGUGGAGCACAAGUAGAAAGUCCAGUGGAUCGAAAGAGGGAGGGGCAAGGCUGAGCUGCGAAGAGUGUGGCCCCAGAACCAUGUCUGCUCGGGAGGCCUUUAACCCAGAAAGUUACGAAUUGGACAAGAGCUUCCGGCUAACCAGGUUUACUGAACUGAAAGGCACAGGCUGCAAAGUGCCCCAAGAUGUCUUGCAGAAAUUGCUGGAAUCUUUACAAGAGAACCACUUCCAAGAAGAUGAGCAGUUUCUGGGAGCUGUUAUGCCACGGCUUGGCAUUGGGAUGGAUACGUGCGUCAUUCCCUUGCGGCAUGGUGGUCUUUCCUUGGUUCAAACCACGGAUUACAUCUAUCCUAUCGUCGACGACCCUUACAUGAUGGGCAGGAUAGCAUGUGCCAAUGUCCUCAGUGAUCUCUAUGCAAUGGGCGUCACAGAAUGUGACAAUAUGCUGAUGCUCCUUGGAGUCAGUAAUAAAAUGACCGACAGGGAAAGGGAUAAAGUGAUACCGCUAAUUAUACAGGGUUUUAAAGAUGCGGCAGAGGAAGCAGGAACCUCUGUAACGGGCGGCCAGACGGUAUUAAACCCCUGGAUUGUUCUGGGAGGAGUGGCCACAACUGUCUGCCAGCCCAAUGAAUUUAUCAUGCCAGAUAAUGCAGUCCCAGGGGAUGUGCUUGUAUUGACAAAACCCCUGGGGACACAAGUAGCAGUAGCUGUGCACCAGUGGCUGGAUAUUCCUGAAAAAUGGAAUAAAAUUAAGCUGGUGGUUACCCAAGAAGACGUAGAGUUGGCAUACCAAGAGGCAAUGAUGAAUAUGGCACGGCUGAACAGGACAGCUGCAGGCCUCAUGCACACGUUCAAUGCUCACGCAGCCACUGACAUCACAGGCUUUGGGAUUCUGGGCCAUGCACAGAACCUAGCCAAGCAACAGAGGAACGAGGUGUCGUUUGUGAUUCACAACCUUCCUGUGCUAGCCAAGAUGGCAGCUGUCAGCAAAGCCUGUGGAAACAUGUUCGGCCUCAUGCAUGGGACCUGCCCGGAGACAUCAGGAGGCCUACUAAUCUGUCUACCACGUGAGCAAGCAGCUCGGUUCUGUGCAGAGAUAAAGUCCCCCAAAUAUGGCGAAGGCCACCAAGCAUGGAUUAUUGGGAUUGUAGAGAAAGGCAACCGCACAGCCAGAAUCAUCGACAAACCUCGGAUUAUCGAAGUUGCGCCUCAAGUAGCCACGCAAAACGUGAAUCCCACACCUGGUGCCACCUCCUAAUCUAGACAGAAAUAGCUAUUUGAUUUUGUUUUUAAAUAGAUCUAUUUCCUUUAUCAUCACUUCAAUUAAAGACUCUAAGAACAACAAAAUCUCAUUGUGUCUACACAUCUGGUGACCUUAGGUUGGUUUGUGAGUGGGUGCAAUUAAUAAAAUGAAAUCCAUGGCCUUCUUUUCCUGUUACAUUAACUGAAGAUGCACCCAACCUCGAGACAGCUUCUGAGCUGAGAAUGGUAUUGUUAUCCAAUACCGUUGAUUCAUCUUGAAUCUUUAGAUGCGUGUCUCCUGGCGCACAGGCGCUUUCUAAGGUGCUUUUCUGCCACAUGGGC